AUGAGAGUCAGACGAUUGCAAACAUACCUGGCGGAAAAUAACUUGUUGAAGAAAAGUUCAGUAGAUGGUAUAAGAAAUUUAACCUUGGGAAUAGAUGCUAUGUAUUUUUUAAGAACAGCAAGUGACUUAAAGGAUAUUUUGAGUGAUGCCUCUGGGUGUAUAUCUCCUUGUAUAUUUCAUUUAAUAGAUAAACAGUGUGAAUAUUUUAACAAGUUAAAUAUAAAUUUAAUAUUUGUUUUUGAUGGAAUAACUCCAAGAGCACAUAAAUUAUUCUCUGCGCAGUUUCAUCAACAUAUGGAACAAGGGUGGAUAUAUUAUGUAAAUGAUGAGAAAAACUUAUCAUAUAAUACUUUUUCUCAAGUAGCUAAUAUAUGUAAUUCUGAUUUUACCUUUUUAUUAUUUCAUUAUUUAAAAAGUAAAGGAUAUAGAUGUAUAUAUGCACCAUAUUUAGCAACAUCACAAUUAUCUUAUUUUCUUGAAAUAAAUAUAAUUGAUAUAAUUCUAGGUCCACCAACAAUAGUUUUAUUACAUAAUGUUGAAAAAGUAAUAUUAAAUAUUUUUUGGAAAAAAAAUUAUUUCGAAUGGGUAGAUUUAAAUUAUUUACUAAAAGUAUGGAAUAUAAAUAAAGAACAGUUUACUGAUGCAUGUUUAUUAGCAGGUACAGAAUACUGUUUAACUUUUCCUUAUUUAAAUUUAUCUCAUUUUAAUAAUGGAAAUAAUGAAUUUAAUUUUGGCAUAUCCAUAGAAUUUAUUAGACAGUCUCCAUUAAUAAGUUAUUUACAGCAUUUUCCUAACGAGGAAUUGAGAAAUAACCAUGUAGAAGGAUAUUGUGUAUGUAAAACACUUUUGAAAUUUCCUCUAGUUUUGUUGAGCAGUGGAGAGGUAAACCUCUUUGAGUCGCAUGAUGAAGGUCAGCUAACUGACCCUCUGCAAAGGGAGUGCAUGUUUUUAAGUAAUACAAACAGAGAGGGAGAGGGAGAGAUAGAGGUAAAUGGAGAUGAUCAUAGCGAUGUUGAAGAUGAAGGUGCUUAUGAUGAUAAUGACAAAGACAAUAACAGUGACAAAGACAAUAACAGUGACAAUAACAAUAUUAAUGAUAAUGACAAUAACAAUGACAAUGACAAUAACAAUGACAAUGAUAAUAUUAAUGACAAUAACAAUGACAAUAUUAAUGAUAAUGAUAAUGAUAAUAACAAUAACAAUAACAAUAACAAUAACAAUAACAAUAACAAUAACAAUGACAGUGACAGUGACAGUGACAAUUGUGGUUCCCAUGAUGAUGCCCCUGAUGAACGUUGUAGUGAAGGAAACAAAUAUGACAGCAGAAGUUACAAUAAACUUAGCAGAAAUGAUAAUCAUACUAAUACUAAGGAAAAGAACGAUGAUGAAGGUAAGGGUAAAAAAGACCCAAGUGAAAAUAACAAAAAAUAUGCUAAGGGGAGUAGGGACAACUUAAAUGUAAUAAAGAAUACAACACAAAACGACUCACAUAAUUCAAGUGCUCUCGUUGAUAAAUGUAAUGUACAGUUGAAAUUAGUUAACUUAGAAAAAGAGAAUACAUGUGCAAGUUUGACCUAUAGUAAUUCAAAUGAUGUUGUUUAUACAUGUGGUCAGGAAAAAAAUGAAGAAAAGGAUGACAACAGAAUUAGAGGAAACAAAAACGAUGAUGACAAAGAUACAUGUAAGAGGGGGGGGGGAAAUGAGGAGACUGCAAACGUUAGUGAAAAUUGUAGCAACACGGGAAAAAAUUUAAACACCCAUGAUAUGAAUAAUAUGAACCGUUUGCAUGCCGGUAGUAGAAAUGCAGAAGGGUUAAUGACUAAUGGUAAGAAAUGUAGUGAAAAGGACAAGAUAAAUGAAAACUCAAAUUUAAACAGUAUUAAAGAGGACAACGUAUGUAAUAUAAAGAAAAGGAAACAGCAAAAUAAAUCAAAAGUAGGCUGCAAGUUGGUGCCGCAUGAUUAUAUAAAAGUAGUAGGGACUAGAUUCCCUACUUGUGUGUACUACUUAAUGUCAGUUGGUCUUUUAAGUAAAAAAAUUUUAUGCGUUUUGGCCUUAGGUGAAUGGGUUGAUUAUACCCACCCAAUUAUUGAUUCCUUCGAAUAUCGGGAUUCACUAAUUGAUUUGAGAGAAUAUAGAUGUAGAAUACUAGGUCUUAUUUCAGUAAAACUGAACCCUUUUUUUUAUAAAAGAAAAAUAAAAUUUUUCGAUUAUGGAUAUUAUAUAAAUAACAUAUUUGAUCGAAAUAACAAGUUUACAUAUCUUGACAUAGAUUUAGUGGACGGAUUUUUGUGGAAUAUAAAUAAAAACAAUGUAAUUGAAGAGAUUAAGAGACAAAAUAUUAGUAAGGUGGAUUUACAAUUUAUUUUAAGGUGGCAUUUGUAUUCUGAAAGUAAAAGUAUAUCCUUAGUCUACAAAAAGGAGGAGUACUUGUGUGAAGAUAAGUUCGAGUUAAGUGACACAAGGGGAGAAUCACCUGAACGUGUAAAUACGAAUUGGGGAAAUUUAGGAAGUGCAAGAGAAGAGGAAGGAACAAAGGAAAGAGAAGAAAAGGGUGCAAAUUUAGUUAAUGAAGACAAAGUAGAAAUAGUUAGAGAGGAGGAAGAAGAAGAACGUAGUGAACACAGCAGAGAUAACAAAAUAUGCCCUGAUAAAAUGAUAAAGAAAUAUAAUGAUUAUUAUAAAAAUCUUUUAAGUCUGAAUAAUCAAAAUUUUAACAGUUUUUUAUGUCUUGUAUAUUAUAUGUUUCUUGAAAAUUUAGGUAUUUUCACCAAAAAUUGUGGUGUUACUUUAUUUGGUCUUUUAUUAUCAGAAGUGAAAAAUAAAAAUAUAGAUAGUAAUAUUUUAAUUAUAUUUGAGUUACUGAAGUUUGGAUUUCUGACAACAGAACCUUUGUUACCUCCAAAUGGAAAAUCAUAUCCAAAAAAUGCAUAUGCAUCAAUUAUGAACAGCAAACAUUUAGCUGAUCAAGAUAAAAAGAGUGUCCUCUUAUUAUCUCGAAUAUAUUCCUUAUACAGUGCAAAUGUAGAUCAACGUAAAACAUAUGAUGGACUAAUUGAUUUUGAUUUAUGCGCAUUUUUUGCUGUAGUAAAAAUAAUUAAGAAGACUCUAAGACAAUUACUACAAGCAUGUGUUGCUAACGUACUUAUAAGUAAUAUGAAUCUAAUGCAUAUAUUACCAGAAAAUUUAUACAAUCCGUUAGACACGAAUAUAUCAGGUUUUUUCGUAACAGAUCAUCUUAUGGGUGUUUUAACCAAAUACUUUUUAUUAUUUAACUUUGAGGAUUUGAAAAAGGAAAAAUCUAGUAAGCGUGUACAACCCCGAAGCGAUAGUGUGACAUCAUCAAAUAAGACCUUUAAUUUGAAUGAAAACAAUAGUAACGAUAGCAAAGACGUGAGUUAUGAUAGCACAAAUGUGAACAAUGGUAGUAGUGAAGGAAUAAUAGGUAGUAGCGAAAUGAGCAAUGGUAACAAUGGUAGCAAUGGUAGCAAUGAUAGCAAUGGUAACAAUGGUAGCAAUGGUAGCAAUGAUAGCAAUGGUAGCAAUGAUAGCAAUGGUAGUAUUGGUAGUGUUGACGUGAGUAAUGAUAGCACUGGAAGUGCUGAGGCGAGUAAUGACAGCAUAGAAAUGAAUAAUGAUAAUACAAAAGGAAGGUAUGCAAAAGAGGAAGAAAAAUUAAACAUUAAUAAUAAUCCACACGGAAUGAGUGAAAGUAAGAAAAUUCAAAAUGGGGAUGUAUUUAAUGAAUGGAGUAAUGAAAAUGUAUAUAAAAUAAAAACAUACGAUGAAAUGAAUAAACCAGAAAGUAAGAAAAUUUUUAUUAGAAAGGGCGAUGAAAAUAUAAUGAAUGAAGUAGAUAAAAAUGAUUCUAGAAAGUGUAAGGAAUAUACUAUGCAUGAAAAAUUACUAAUGGACUCGUCAUGUGAGAGCAAGAACAGUACAUAUGAUCGAAGUGCCAGUAUUAACAGUCCACACGAAGAUGAUCAUGCGAAUGAUGAUAAUAAUAAAAGGAGGCAAGAUAAUUUGGAGGAAAAUUCAGGUAAUAAUAAAGGUGACAGUAGUGAAAAUAAGGGAGCUGAAAAGAAUGGCAGCAAUUAUGAGAGAAAUGAAAAUACUGGAUAUAAAAAUGAGAAUACUAGAAAUAUAGGUAAUCAAAAUAACAAUGAUGAUGCUAUAGAUAAAGACGAAAACGAAAAUAACUGUUGUGUAGAUUAUGAAGAUGCUUCGUCAAAUAACUUUAAUGAAUUUGAAAAAGAUAUAAGAAAAAAAUUUCCUAGUUUUUUGAACCCUAUAAUUGAUUUAUGUAAUGCAAUAAAUACUUGGAGAGACCAUUUAAGCCUAAUAACACAGUUAGAAAAACAUACGAAUGUUUACGAUUUGGUUUCAGACCUAAAAGCUGCGAACAGCUUUUUGGAAAAAAAAAUACACUAUAUAGGACUUGAUAAAACACCAACAUAUAUUAAUAUUUGUUCGUCUUAUAAUACAUAA